CUCAAUUUAUGUCUUGAAAUUGCAGAAACGUUGUAUGUUGCUAAUUAGUCUCCAUGAAUCUAUUACCUUCAUCAUGAUCAGUUUGUCUUAGCCAUAAUAUUACCUCUUGUAAUUAGUUAAUGAUGUCUGGUUACGACUCAUGCAUGAUUUUGUAAGCAAUUUCUAGUAAGUGGGCUGUCCUCAUCCAUCUUGAAGAAGCAGAAUUUGCAGAAAGAUCCUUCUCUCACUUGUUGCAGGUAACAGAUUUGCAGGUUAAAUCAUGAAUUCUGAGGAGAGUCCAUUGCCUCAAGAUCUGAUAAUCGAGAUACUGUCAUGGCUUCCGCCGGAGACCCUCUCGAGCUUCAGAAGCGUCUCCAAAUGGUGGUGUUCUACAAUCAGCGACCCCAAAUUCGUCGCCAAACAUCAAUACCACUUCGGUGCUUCCCUGAAAAACAGUAACAGCAACCGUAUAGUAAUUCUGACUGAAAGACACGCAGAUCCCCGCGCUCCCCUCAAACUGCGCCUGUUCCCCGAAAGCAAUCCUGGUACACUUCCCGUGAAUAACAUGGAACUAGACCUGGGGAAGAGAGGUGCAGCUGAAAGCUGCAGAAUUAUGGGUUCUUGCGAUGGACUCUUCUGUCUCGCCAGUUCUUCGUCCGAUUACGUGGGCAUACAACUGUGUAAUCCAUGCGUUAGAUGGGCAACUGGACUACCGGUUCAUCGUUUCACCGAUGAAUUCAAUCCAGUCGAUCUAUACUAUGGCAUUGGAUUCGACGCAUCUGUGAAUGAUUACAAGGUUUUAAAGCUCAGGCGUCCCGUCACUUCCCGCAUGCACAUGCCUGGAGCAGCUGCAGUGUUUUCCGUGAAGGCUAGGUCCUGGAAAAGACUGAACGUCUCAGUUCCGCCUAAUAUUCCACUCGGCAGGUCAGUUUUCCUGCAUGGAUUUGUCCACUGGCUCACCUGUUUACCGUCGUUAUACAAUAAUAUCAAGCGCAUCAUGUUAUUCGACAUUUGUAAUGAGGUUUUUGGGGAACUGCAAUUGCCGGAAAUAGACAGGGACCUGGAUACCAAUGCUUGUGCAGACAUUUCGAUAUCUGUGGUGAUGGGAUCUCUCUGCGUGUUGGUUGCGGAAUCAAGAACGCAUAUAAGCUGUGAUGUGUGGGUGAUGAAAGCAUACGGGGUCGUGGAAUCAUGGAGCAAACAGUUCAGCGUUGUGCUCGGGGGAGGAAUCACCAAAUGUGUGGAACUAACAGUUGGAGGCAAAAUUCUAUGCUGUACUGAAAAUAGUGAACCUAGAAAUGUGAGCAGGCACGGAGAGCUUCGUUACGAGCCUUUGUCUUCUCAGCUGGUUUUAUAUGAUCCUGCAAUGGAUGAAUACAGAUAUGUUGGGCCAGCUCCGUCUUGUAAACAUGUCGUUUCACUUGUAGCAAGUCUUGCACUUCUUAAUGGUACGAUUUAGCAUGGAACAAGUUCUUUCAGCAUGGUUACAUGUAUAAUAUUUGUCAUUUAUUUUAUUUAAAUAAAAAGUUUCUUUAUGUAUUAUGUAUAUAGAUGCGUAAAGUGCAUUUUACCCUCCCUCUGUUUUAAUAAA